AUGUAUACAGAAAUUGAAGAUGAAAUAUCUAGAUUAACUAAUACAAUAAUUUAUAUUAAUGAUACAUCAAUUAUAAGCAUAAAUCAUGCUCUAAUUUUUUCAAUGAUUGAUGGCAAGUACGCUAAAGAAACGGCAAGAUUGUUUGUGCAUCUAUAUCCGUGGUUUUAUUUACCAGCAAGUAUACUCAAAGUGUUAAUUCACGGAGGAGAUAUUAUUCGUGCUGCUCUGUUACCAAUAGAUCAAUUAUCUGAAGAAGCUGCUGAAGCAUGUAACAAAGAAUAUAAAAGACUAAGACUUCAUCACACUCGAAAAGCAUCCCGCAUAAAUAGUAAUACUGAUAUUUUCCAAAUGAUGUUAGUGUCAUCCGACCCACUAAUUUCAUCCCUUCGGAAGGCAUGUAAAAAGAAAAUAUAUGAGCUUUCUCCAGAAGUAAAAUCUUUGUUAGAUUUUGAAUCCGAAGAUGAGGGAAAUUGUUCAAACAGUGAUACCGAUGAAACCGGUGAAAAUAGUGAUUUAGAGUUAGAUAUAAGCAGUCUAAGCAUGUAG